AUGGCCAACAAUUGCGGAUCAGAUACUGAUCUCACAUUUGCCUCAUCUGACGAAGAAAUACUAUACUUAAGAAGAAGAGUGACUGAAUAUCAGACAGAGUUAGAAGAGUUUCAGGAAUCGAGCCAUGAAUUGGAGUCAGAACUGGAGGCACAACUCAUCCAAUCAGAGAAACGCAUCCAAGAGUUGACUCAACACAACUCCAGACUCCAGUCGGACAACGAAUCACUGAAAGCAAAGUUCGGCAAACUUUCGGUCGAAAGUCAGAACCAAAUCCUUGAGCUGCAGAAGGAAACGGCGGAAUUGGGUUCAGCUAACGAUCGGCUCACGUGUUAUAUCCGAGAACUGGAACAGUCCAACGAUGACCUCGAAAGGGCGAAGAGAGCCCUCGACGCCAGUCUUCAAGACUUCGACACUCGACUCAAUCAACAAAUUGAACGAAACGUUUUGCUCGAAAACGAAAUCGGAGAGAAAGAGGAGCUCCAGGAAGUGAUCCAACGUCUCAAAGACGAGGCACGAGAUCUGAGACAAGAGCUGAUGGUUCAGCAAAAGGUGGAGCCCAACAAUGACAAGAGAGUGACCGGCAUUGGGGCCCAUAAACUGCCAAUCGAUAGCUCAUUAAAUAACAACAAUAAUUGCAAUAAUAAUAACAAUAAUAAUACAAACAAU